AUGGCUGCAAACAGCUAUCUUGGAGUGCAGUCAUACUUUUCAAGGCUUGCAGGGCCGGCGCUUGGGCAGCAGACUUCCUCAGAUCUCAGAUCUCGCUUUGGAUCCUCAAAUGCAAGUCGGUUCACAUCACCGAGUGGCGGUAGCCCCUCCUCCAGCAUCGCUCAGCACGCUCGUGCAUUUCAUGGCGCCGGUGCCGCGCGGGCCGACGAGAAAAGGCAUUGGUCACCAGACGACGACAAGACGGACCCGAAGUCCACUACUUCCAGCACAGCUCAGAACGCCAAGAAGGAUUCAGAGACCACCGUGACGUCUCAGCAACAGAAAUCAGGCCACCGCACAACGGCACCCGACUCGUCCAGCACCGACCUGACAACAGCAGAACGUGCCUACAACCACUUUGCCAACUACCCAGACUCGCUGCGGCGGCUAGCACUGCGCGCCGUUCCCACAUCGUCCCAAAACAGCCAAAUCCCACCGUCGACGGGCAACGAAUCGCAGCCCCACGAGCAGCAUCGACUACGUCCAUCCAAAGAAGACCUUCUCCGAAUCGCACAGGGCUUUUGGACCCGGCUACGCAUCCGCUUCAAGUGGUUCACCAUCCGUGGUUUCCGCCGCUUCAACGCAGACGACAUCAGCGCCUUCUUCACGCUAGGAGGCUUCACCACCGCCGUCUUCGUCAUCGUCGGUACCACCACCUUCUUCUCGCUUAUUUUUGCCGCUCUCAACGCUCUCAAUCUGCAAGAGUGGAUCGCGCGCAAGAUCGCCGACUACCUCACCGCCGAGACGGGUGUCACUGUUGUCUUCGAGAGCGCCAUCGUUCCCAAAUGGAAGGAGAGCAAGAUCAGCUUCAAGAACGUGUUCAUCUCGCGCCGAGCACACGGCGAUGUCGACUCACUGCUCAAGGAGAGGCGGCAGAAAGCUCGCAAUGGUGGCGGUGAUCGUCCGAACACCACCAAGCGUCGCACCGCCGUCACUGCGGGCGACGGGAUGGCGUGGGAAGGCACGCACUACGAAGAGGUCGAAGAGGUGGCACCGCCCAUGUCUGACGAGGCACGCGGAGAGGACCUCGCAGAGGACGACAGCGUCAACACCAACUACACCAUGUUUGACCUGCAGGUCGAUUCGAUCGAUGUGACGCUUAGCCUGUCGCGGUGGUUCGAUGGGAAAGGUCUGAUCGAGGAUGCGGUGAUUCGCGGGGUGCGAGGCAUCGUGGACCGACGCAAUGUCUUCUGGGACCCUGCCAGGCCGUACGAUCCCAAAGCGGCACGCCGUGAGCCCCGGCAUGGCGAUUUUGAACUCGAAUGCCUCAACAUCGAGGACUUCCUGGUGACGGUGUACCAGCCGAACGACUUCCGCCCGUUCAAUUUCAGCAUCUUCAGCGCGCACAUUCCGAAGCUACGGAAACAAUGGCUGUUCUACGACCUGCUCAGCGCGGAUAGCAUCACGGGCCAGGUCGACGGGUGCCUGUUCAGCCUGCACAAGCCGCAGAACAUCAGCCGAACGGUCGACCGGGAUCGCGAGAUGACCAACUCGAAGUGGAAGACCAUGUCGCGCAUGCGAGUGGACGGUGUCAACUUUGACCACAUCCAAAACCAGUCGGACUUGACAGGGCCGAUCUCGUGGAUCCUGUCGGGCAAAUUUGACGUCGUUGCGGAUAUCAAGUUCCCGCGGGAUCUGGAUGACGAGGCGGACAUCAAUACGAUCAUCAUCGAGGUGUUGGACAACCUCACGGCGGCGCUGUCGGGCGAAGGUCGGGGAGAUCACGGUGACGACCCCAUCCCGGGACAGCACCGAUUGAGCGGGCCUGCGAUCGAGGCGCCCGUCUCUGCGGUGGGUCCCACCGCCGAGCGCGUGCGAAAGGAGAACGAAGAAGCCCGACGACAGGGCUUAUCCCCUCAUCGAACAGCCGCACCAAUCGCCGUGUCAACCGAUCAGCAUGCUCCACCUCUUGAAGAGGACAGCACCAACGUCGACCCUCCCACCGCCCCGGCCAAAUCCACCAUCCCCCCACCCACCGUCGUGAUCGAUAUGGACGUGCGCUUCAAAGACAUCAAAGCAGCCGUCCCCCUCUUCACGCACGACAUCACCUACACGACCAACGCGUUCGUCCGCCCCAUCGUGGCGUUUAUGAACGCCAACCGAACACUCAUCCCGAUCCGCUGUCGAAUCGUCAUGGACCUCUCGGAGUUCGAUGGGUCCCUCGAUCUUGCUCAGACGGGCCUGCUGCCGGUCGUGUCAGAGAAGAUCUACGAGGCGCUAGCGAACCACGUCGCGAGCCAGAAUGCCAGUCGGGAGCGGUUGAAGAAUGUGAGUCUCUGGAGUUUGCAGAUGGGCGCGAAUGCCGCGUUGAAGGGGGUUAUUGUGGUAAGGGAUAUUAUGCAGAGGACGACGGGGACGGCCAAGAGUGCGGGGGGGAGCGCGAAUGCCGGUUAG